AACCUCCCCUUCCUUCGAACAUCGAAGCAGCUAGCCCUAAGGUUCCCCAGACCCAAAACCCAACUUCGUCUCCGGAACCGCCGCCGCCGUCCGUGGUUGUCGGCGUCUUCGCGGCCUCCUCCUUCCCCUGUCCCAAAGGCAUACGGCCAGAGCUUCUCUUCUAGCUCGGCACGUCAUCCAUUCCGCCGGUGAAGUCGCUGUUCGAGGCUUCCAGCUGCUGCGCCAUCGUCUCGCCGUUGACGUCCUGCUGUAGUGGAAGCCUCUUAGCAUCUUAUGCCACUCGUUUCGGGACAGAGACAAAUUUACAACUGGAUUUUCUCGUGGUGAUGGUCAAGGCCAUGCAAAUUUAUUCAAAGUAGUUAAGCAUUACUUGCGUAGUCCAACUCGUGGAAAGGGCCGCCAUUGGAUUCCAAUUCGCACACUCAGUUCCCGCAACUCUCAUUCCCAUCUUCCAAUGGACAAUUCCUCGCAGAACAACAAGGAGCAAGUAAUCGAAGAUCCAGAGAAGAAGAAGAAGAAGGAGGAGAAGGCAAGAGAAAAGCAAUUGAAGAAAGAGAAAUUCCUCCAAAAGCAAGCUCAGCAGCAACAAGCUCAGCAAUCCAAUGCCCCAAAAAAGAGUGAAAAGAAAGCUGCCAGACGUGGCGCGGAGGAUGAGAAUCCUGAAGACUUCAUUGAUCCUGAGACCACUUCUGGUGACAAGAAACGUAUGUCUCGUCAAAUGGCAAAGCAGUACAGUCCAACUGCCGUCGAGAAAUCGUGGUAUGAGUGGUGGGAGAAAUCAAAGUAUUUUGUGGCAGACUCAAGCAGCUCCAAACCACCUUUUGUUAUUGUUUUACCCCCACCAAAUGUGACUGGAGCUCUUCACAUUGGUCAUGCUCUAACAGCUGCAAUUGAGGACACCAUGAUUCGUUGGCGAAGGAUGUCUGGAUACAAUGCUUUGUGGGUGCCUGGGAUGGACCAUGCUGGGAUUGCCACACAGGUGGUUGUGGAGAAAAAGAUAAUGCGUGAACGAAAACUAACUAGGCAUGAUCUGGGCCGUGAGAAAUUCGUUUCUGAGGUGUGGGAGUGGAAAGACAAGUAUGGAGGCACAAUAUUACAACAGUUACGUCGAUUAGGAGCCUCUCUAGAUUGGACACGUGAGUGCUUCACAAUGGAUGAUCAAAGAUCUAAAGCUGUGACAGAGGCAUUUGUGAUGCUUUACAAGCAAGGCCUUAUUUAUAGGGACCUUCGUUUGGUGAACUGGGAUUGUGUAUUACGAACUGCUAUAUCUGAUAUUGAGGUGGAUUAUAUUGAUGUAAAAGAAAGGACCCUGCUAAAGGUCCCCGGGUAUGACAAACCAGUAGAGUUUGGAGUUCUAACCAAAUUUGCAUACCCCUUGGAAGGGAACCUAGGUGAAAUUAUUGUUGCCACAACUAGGAUUGAAACCAUGCUUGGUGACACUGCUAUUGCCGUACAUCCUGAUGAUCAAAGAUACAGCCAAUUUCAUGGAAAAUGUGUUAUUCAUCCAUUCAGUGGAAGAAAACUUCCUAUAGUUUGUGAUGCUAUUCUUGUUGAUCCAGCAUUUGGUACAGGUGCCGUCAAGAUCACACCUGCCCAUGAUCCAAAUGAUUUUGAGGUGGGAAAACGUCACAACCUUGAAUUCAUUAAUGUUUUCACUGAUGAUGGAAAAAUAAAUUCCAAUGGUGGCUCUGAAUUUUUGGGCAUGCCACGAUUUAAAGCUCGAGAAGCAAUAGCAGAAGCAUUACAAAAGAAGGGACUUUAUAGGGGUUCUGAAAACAAUGAAAUGCGCCUUGGUGUAUGUUCAAGAAGCAAUGAUGUUAUCGAGCCUAUGAUAAAGCCCCAGUGGUAUGUUAGUUGUGGAGAUAUGGCAAAGGAAGGUCUUAAUGCUGCUGUGGAUGAGGAAAACAUAAAGCUAGAAAUUGUUCCAAAACAAUAUUUGGCUGAUUGGAAGAGAUGGCUAGAAAACAUACGCGAUUGGUGCAUUUCACGGCAGUUGUGGUGGGGUCACCAAAUACCUGCAUGGUAUGUCACUUUGGAAGAUGACCAACUGAAGGAGUUUGGUGUUUACAAUGAUCAUUGGGUAGUGGCAAGAAAUGAGGAGGAGGCCCAAGCUGAGGCUAGCCAAAGGUAUAGUGGAAAGAAGUUCCAUUUGAUCCGCGACCCCGACGUUCUUGAUACAUGGUUUUCUUCUGGUCUGUUCCCAUUAUCUGUGUUGGGCUGGCCUGAUGACACAAAAGACCUAAAGACAUUCUAUCCAACUUCUGUUUUGGAAACCGGUCAUGAUAUCUUAUUCUUCUGGGUUGCACGUAUGGUGAUGUUAGGAAUGAAGUUGGGCGGUGAUGUGCCUUUUAGACAGAUUUAUUUACAUCCCAUGAUUCGUGAUGCACAUGGGCGCAAAAUGUCCAAGUCAUUAGGAAAUGUUAUUGAUCCAAUCGAAGUGAUAAAUGGGAUAUCGCUGGAAGGUCUACAUAAGAGGUUAGAGGGUGGUAACCUAGACCCUAAAGAACUAGCUGUUGCGAUAGAGGGUCAGAAGAAGGACUUUCCAAAUGGCAUUGAGGAAUGUGGUGCAGAUGCUCUCCGUUUUGCACUGGUUUCAUACACAGCUCAGUCUGAUAAAAUCAACCUUGAUAUUCAAAGGGUGGUUGGGUAUCGUCAAUGGUGUAAUAAAUUGUGGAAUGCUAUACGAUUUGCCAUGAGCAAGCUUGGAGAUGAUUAUAUUCCUCCUGCAAAUUUGGGUCCAGAUGUUCUUCCAUUUAGCUGCCAGUGGAUUCUCUCGGUGUUAAACAAAAUCAUAACUAAAACAAUAAAGUCUCUAGAAUCAUUUGAGUUCUCACAUGCUACCACUGCUGUGUAUUCUUGGUGGCAGUAUCAAUUGUGUGAUGUCUUUAUUGAAGUGAUUAAACCUUACUUUGCUGGUAAUGAUCCCAAGUUUGCUUCUGAAAGACGCCAUGCACAGGAUACCUUGUGGUUCUGUCUUGAUAAUGGCCUUCGAUUGCUUCAUCCAUUUAUGCCGUUUGUUACGGAAGAAUUGUGGCAGCGGCUUCCUUCACCCAAGGAAUGUAAAAGAGCAGAUUCUAUCAUGAUAUGUCCUUAUCCAUCACCUACAGAGGGCUGGAAUAAUGAAACAGUGGAGAAUGAUAUGGAUCUUGUCGAGUCGACUGUUAAAUCUCUCAGGUCACUUGCAAAAGAGAGUCGCGAUAGGCGACCGGCUUUUGUUCUUUGCUUAACACGGGCGGUUGAGGAGAUUAUAUCAAGCCGUCAACUGGAGAUUGUAACGCUAGCAAAUCUGUCCUCUUUAACCGUGAUCAAUGAAAACGAUGCUGUUCCUUCUGGGUACGCGAAUACAGUUGUAAACGAAACCCUUUCUGUUUACUUAGAGCUUCAAGGGACAAGUUCUGCAGAAGCAGAGCAAGGAAAGAUGAAGAAGAUAGAGGAGCUUAAGAAGCAAAUAGAAAAACUAGAGAAGAUUAUGAGUGCUCCAGGUUAUGAAGAGAAGGUUUUGCCUCAAGUCAGAGCUAAGAACCAGGAGAAGCUCGACUCGCUAAAGGAGCGGCUGCUGCUCGAGGAAACGGCUGGACUUACUAUAGCUUCAAAAUAGUGGAUCUUGAUUGAUCAUUAGUAUUUUUUUUCGGUUUCAUUUGAUUAGUAUAGCCUAACUUUUUGGCUGUUAUUUAUACACCUUCUCUUUUGUUUUGGUAAUCCUUUGGCAAGAAAUUUUGAGCAGUUAUUUUGUGCAUGUGUUGUAACUUACCAGCAAAAUCAGCAAUUGAACACGAGAUUGUAACUUAGCUUUCAUACACCUCCUACCCUUUUUA